AUGGCCCAGGCGGACUCGAAAUAUAUUGAGGUCCAACGUGAAAAUGAAGUGCUCAAAUCUAAUAUGAAUUUGCUGAUUAAACAAAUGAAGAAUCCAAACGGCUCAAUUAUAAUCCAGCUUCAGGCAAGAAUCGCAGAACUAGAACGUGAAGCUCGCGCACGCCAACUAGUAAUUGAAGCCCUAUGCGCAAAGAUGAAAAGGGGCACGGAUGAUGAACGAGAAUACGAAUGA